AUGGCCACCCUCGUCCUUCUCGCCCUUCUCGGCGCUGUCCUCCUCCUCCUGCCCCUCUACUCCCUCUACUGCGUCUACAAGCCGCCCGCCCUUCUCCUCGGCUACCUGCGCGCGCGCUACCCCGACGUGCUCUUUGAAGAGACCACCACGGACAAGAUCAUGGCGCUGUCGCUCGACGACGCGCCGUCGGCCCACACCGACGAGAUUCUCGGCGUCUUGCGCGAGUUUGACGUGCACGCAACCUUUUUCGUCAUUGGCGCACAGGUCGAGGGCCGGGAGCACACGCUGCGCAAGAUUGUGGCGGCGGGCCACGAACUCGGCAACCACGCCAUGCACGACGUGCCGUCGACGAGUCUGAGCCUGGAGCAGCUGGAGAGGGAAGUGGGCGAGGUCAAGGAGAAGCUCGUGGCGGCGUACGAGGCAGAGGGCAAGAUUUUGCCGAAUAACUACUUUCGGCCGGGGUCUGGGUUUUUCAAUACAAAGAUGCGCGAUAUGCUCGGGAAUCGCGGCUACCGCAUCACGCUGGGGAGCAUCUACCCGCACGAUCCGCAGAUUCGCAACCCGGAGCGCAACGCAAAGCACAUCCUCAGCAUGGCACAUCCGGGCGCCAUCAUCAUUUGCCACGACCGGAGGGAAUGGACAGCACCGAUGCUGCGCAUGGUGCUGCCGAAGCUGCAGGCGCAAGGGUAUAAGAUUGUGACCAUAACAGAUCUGGUCAAGUCGGUGGAACCAUUGGGCGGACGUUGA